GGCACACCCCUUCCCCAGCCCUCUUUCUCCGCCCCCCCCCCUCCCGUUCUUGGGUCUGGCUUAGCUUCUCGCCGCCGCCGUUCCUCCUCGUCUCGAGGGACACCACCAUGCCCGCGCCCGGCCACGCCCAAGGCGCGCGGCCAAUCGUGGCGUUCCUCGUGCUCUUCACGGCGGCCGUUGCGGCGGUCGCCUCAUCGACACACUCGCGCUCCCUCGCCGCCGAGCACAUGAUGGGCCCCGCGGCGGCGACCACUGCGACAGCUGCUGCCUUGGUGCCCGGCGCUCGGCUGGCCGCCCCGGAGGGCGUUUGCCCAGCCGCCAAGGCCGAAGCCCUCCUGGCUGACCAGUGGUGGUGCCCCGCCGCGGCCCCCGUCGUUCUCUCCCACGCCGGGCCCCACUCGCACGGGCCCCACCCGGACGAGGUCCCCUGGCCGAUGGUCGAUCACCAGCGCUGGCGCGCCGCCAUGCACACCAGCCUCCAGGCGUUCCUGGCCGAUCGGCUGGCCGGAACCCCGGCCUCCGAGCGCCUCCGACGCCUGCGUAUCGAGGAUGUGGACUUUGCGGAGCAGCCGGCCGAGGCCCAAGACUCCCGGUGCCGGGCUCUCUUCGCGGCGCAGGCCGACUUGGCCGACCGGUGCGAGCGCCUGAGUCAACUCCUCCUGCAGCAAGUGCGUCUCCUCGGCCCGGCCGAGGGGGCCCUUGGUGCCUUGCCGGAGAUGUUCCUCCCCUCGGCGGCCGAUGGCCUGGUGGUCCUCCUGCGUGAGGGGCUCGGGACCCUGCUUCGCGGGGGGCCUGACGCCGGCGCUGGCCCCGGGCCCGGGCGCGCUGCCGGCCACGGGGAUGUCCCCUUGGAGCAGCCGGACCUGGCCAUGGCCGCCACCCCGGUGAUGCCCGGCAGCCCGGCGGCGGCGGCGGCGGCGGCGGCGGCCGUCUCGCCGAUUGGGGAUCUCUUUGGCUCGGAGGCCGAAUGCCCCAUCGCUCGGGCUGCGCAUGCCGGGCCCGGUCGGCAUUACUUCGGCCCGCCGGACAAUGUGUGCAUGCCUGCAGGGGGCCCCGGCAGCCCGGCGGCAAGCGCGGCCCCUGCCGCCGCAGCUCCCCGCGAUCCCUUUCUCCAUUCGGCCUGGCGGAGCAGCGGCCGGUCGCAAUUCCGGCCCUUCCUCCACGACGGCCUGCAGGUGCUGGACACCGAGGCCCGGCGCCUGCUCUUCCGCCUGGCUCCGGCUGAUGGGAUCCUGCUUCCCCUGCGCCGGGCACCGGAGAUGUAUUCGCCCCUGCGUCGGGCCGUGCGCACGCGCGGCUCGGCCGCCGGUCAGGGUGCCGCGUCACUCGUGCGGCUGAUCCGGCCGGCCCCGGGCGCCCGGCCGCAGGACGAUGCCCAGCAACCGGGCGCCUGCCAUCCCCCGGCCGCGGGGCCGCGCCACGCACAUGGCCACCAGGGCUGGACCCCGGUGCACCCGCUGAUGGCGGCCGCCCCCCCCACGACGCCGGCCGACAGCCCGGCGUGCGUCCAGCCGCCCGCAUCGGGAGAUCCCCCGCGGCCCCGGACGCGCUUGGCCGUUGCCCGGCCCACUUGGCUCGGGACCGCGCUGUCCCUCCCCUUGACCGAGGCCGAGAUCGCCGAGGCCGAGUCUUCCUUCACAAUUCGCCUUGUCCGCCGGCUGGUGGAUCUGGCCCUCGGGCGCCUUCGUCGGCCCCUCUCGGCCGAGGGGGUCCUCUUGGUCCCGCCCUCCGGUGGCCGACUUCAGCCGGCGCGCCUGCUUGCCUCUGCUGUGGGUCGUCCCUCGGGCGACCAUCGCAUUGAGGAGAUGCUUGCCCCGGCCCGUGCUCCGGCCAAGGGACGCGGGGCGGUCCCACCCGCCGGGGCCCUGGCCGUGCCCUUCCGCCCCCGGGCCAAGCAUGUGGCCUCCGGGUCGCCUGCGCCGGCCUCAGCAGCAGGGCCACACCCCCGCCAUGGGCGUCCCGGGGCCCGGGGCCAGCCGAUCCCCCGGACCGGGGCCUCUCCGACCAUUGCCACUGCGGCCGCCCUCCCGGCCAAUGUCAAUCCCCUGCCCGCAUCCUUGCUCCACUGGUUUGAGCGCCGGUCGCUCGAGCUAGAUCAGAUAUUCCCGCCAGCUCCACCGGCCGCGGCCGAGGCCUUCCUCCGGCUGGCACCGCUGCACUACGGUUGGGACCGCUCGGACUCGCAGUUUGUCGACGCCGGGGUCUUCUCGGUGGAGGCUCGCCCGUUGGGGUUCCAUUCGCUCAGCUCCCACACCUCCUUCCCGGCGGUCAGCAAGCAGCGGGUGUAUGGCUCCCCCGCCUCGCGGCCGGGGGGGCCCCCUGCCCAAGGCCCGAAUGCAGGCGCCCGGGCCCCGGUGGUGGCCGGCCAUCUGGAUGCUGGCCCUUCCGGCGGCUCAGCCUGCCAGGUGGCCAUGUGCCCUUGGCCGCCGGGUCCAGCCCUGGAUCGCACCUGCUCUGCCAGUGACCGGUGCUCGGGCGGCCCGCCGGCGGUUCAGUCCUCGAAGCCGGUGCCCGGCGGUCCCGGCUCCAACUCCACCCCGCGACAGCCGUCCCCCUGGCCAACCGGCGACACAGGGCACUCUGGUGGCGCGGGCGACCCCAGCACCGGGCCGGUGCCCCAUGGGCGUCCCCUGGACGGGCUGCCCGCCGCCCAGCGCCGGGUCCUGCAACUGGUAUCCGGCGUCGGGGCCCAGGCGUGGAAUACCUACGGCCGGCGGUAUCUCGGCAUGGAGGUGGUUCUGCUCCGGCAAUGGGACCCGAGUGCCGUGCUGCUGUGGCUCAUUAUCAUCGCUUCGGCCGGGUGGCUGGUGGCCGUGGCGUCGGCUUGGUGUGCCGCCGGGGAUGCCCUGCUGGCUCCCUUCGCCGGCGUGCCCAGCCAUGGCGCCCCUGCGCUGGACUCGGAUCGGCGGCGCUUCGCCGCCAGCCUCCGGCCCUUCGGUGCCGGGCUCAUGCCACUUGGCGUGGCUCGGGAUCUGGCUCUGGCCGGGAUGGAGAGCCAAUUCGCCGCCCACCUCCGCGAGGAGGAGGAGCGCCGACUGGGGGCCGUCCGCCGGGCCUUCCUUCGGCCGGCCGUGGCGGCUUCCCCGGCUGAUGGUGAGCCGGCUGUCAGGCUGCCCGGGCCCGGUGGACCGGGUCAACUGGCGGCCUCGGCGGCACUUGACUCGCCGCCCUGCUCGCCGCUUGCCGUGUCCGAUGGCCUGCUUGCCGCGGCUCCCGGGCGCGCCGGGCGACUGUCCAUCUCCCUGCCAUCAGCCGGCCAGCCCGAGGGGGGGGCCCGCCGGCAGGACGAUGCCGACGGCUCGGAUGUCGCCCCUUUCAUGUCGAAUGAUGUCUCCUCGACUCUCGAUGCCAUGUCUCCGCAGCUGGCCACGCCCUGUCUGGGCGCCUGCAUCGCGGAUGUCCUCUGCCAGUGAGAGCUGACGGCAGGCGGCAAGGAGGGCGAGACCCAUGUCGGCCGUGGAGAUGCAGAAGGCCUGAGGCCCACUUUUCGAUGCGCGGAACCCUGGGAGCAUGGGGGGAAGUUGCAAGCAGCGGACGCCCUGACCUCCCUUCUCCCCCAGCUUAGGCCCCUCCCCCCCUCCCCCCCUCC